CGAUCGCCGAGGCCGGGGCCCGGACGGAGGGCACGGCGGGGCUGCGAGCACGCUGGGGCGCGUGGAGGGCCACGGAAGGCGAGAUGAGUCUGGUGGGGGGCUUUCCCCACCACCCCGUGGUGCACCAUGAGGGCUACCCGUUCGCCGCAGCUGCCGCCGCUGCUGCCGCUGCCGCCGCCAGCCGCUGCAGCCACGAGGAGAACCCCUACUUCCACGGCUGGCUCAUUGGCCACCCAGAGAUGUCGCCCCCCGACUACAGCAUGGCCCUAUCCUACAGCCCCGAGUACGCCAGCGGCGCCGCAGGCCUGGACCACUCCCAUUAUGGGGGAGUGCCGCCCGGUGCCGGGCCUCCGGGCCUGGGGGGGCCGCGCCCGGUGAAGCGCCGAGGCACCGCCAACCGCAAGGAGCGGCGCAGGACUCAGAGCAUCAACAGCGCCUUCGCCGAGCUGCGCGAGUGCAUCCCCAACGUGCCCGCCGACACUAAACUCUCCAAAAUCAAGACACUGCGCCUGGCCACCAGCUACAUCGCCUACCUCAUGGACCUGCUGGCCAAGGACGACCAGAACGGCGAGGCGGAGGCCUUCAAGGCGGAAAUCAAGAAGACCGACGUGAAAGAAGAGAAGAGGAAGAAAGAGCUGAACGAAAUCUUGAAAAGCACAGUGAGCAGCAACGACAAGAAAACCAAAGGGCGGACAGGCUGGCCGCAGCACGUCUGGGCGCUGGAGCUCAAGCAGUGACGACGACGAGGAGGAGGAGGAGGAGAGCUAGUGAGCCUGGAGCCAAGGCGCCAGAUGCAGAGCCAGGACUCCCCGAAAGCCCUUGGGCUCGGUUCUGAGGACUUCUAGCAGUUGGAUCAUCCGGUUUAUUUAUGUGCAAUUUCCUUCCCCCCUCCUUUGUUCCUCCCCCCCUUGAGGCAUCUGCUCCCCACCUCCCUCUCAAAAAAAAGUGGAUAUUUGAAGAAAAGCAUUCCAUGUUUUAAUAUGAAGAGGACACUCCCGUGUGGUAAGGGACCCCGUCAUUUUCUGUGUGUGAAUGUUCCCUCUUGGCUGCAUAGACACCAGCGUUGCCCCCUCCCCCACCUCCCCAACUUUUUCCAGAUAAAGACGUGGACACUAGUGCAUAUGUGAAGUGUAUCUUUAAUACUCGGCCUUUGGAUAUAAAUAUUCCUGGGGGUUAUAAAGUUUUAUUUCAAAGCAGAAAACGGGGCCGCUAACAUUUCUGUGGAGGUCAGUUAUCUAGCUAGUGCUGUCAUUUCCAAUGUUGUUGUUCCUUUUGGAAGAUGUUUCCACCAGCUACUUGUUUUGUGCACUUCCGUCCUCUAAAGCUAAGUGGAAAUUAAUUAAUAUUGAAGGUGUAAACGUUGUAAGUAUUCAAUAAACCACUAUGUGUUUUUCUACAAAAGCAACAAAACAAAACAAAACCCUAAUCUUUAGAUGGGUAUACCUCAAAAGAAAUUUGAAAACAAAGCUGUUACACUUGUUUUCAUAAUAUUUAAAAUAUUCAGAAGUAAACUAAGUUAUCGUAAUCGCCUCCAACUUUAUUUGAAAGAGUCAGUGGUUCUAAUCAAUCAAUAUAAUCUGAGACUCCCUAGAUGAAGGCACUGUUAUUAAAGGAAAGUGUCCUGGUGAAAAAUUCUGACCAAAGGCCUGGGCUUCUAUCCAGUGCUGCCUCUUUUCUUCUUGCCGAACUCCCAGGAGACCUUUGAGUGGUCUUUUGGGGCGUCUGGUUGGGAGAAGGACCUGUGCUUGGUGCAGAAAGUGGAAGGGUGGCCUUGUCUUAUAGAUAAUCUAUCAGAAGCCCUGCGCCUGGUGUUUCG